UGGGAGAAGAUCUGCGAAUUGGGAGGCGGAUUUGAAGGGGAUGGAACAGAUUGCCGCCAUGGGAGUGAGGAAUAGAGCUUGAAUUUGAAUGCUGCACGCAAGGUGUUUGUGAAUAUGCCGGAUUCAAUGGCGAAUCAGCUCGGCAAUUUGGUGGAAUCCAUAAAAUCCAAGGUGAAGGCACUGAGGAAGUCGAAGAAAUCGAAGAAGCCAUACAUAAAAAUGGACAAGAGCGCGAGCGUCAAGAUUGAAAUCCGUAGCCGAAAAGCUCGAUUGUUGAUUGAUAAGACCUUGAAGGUCGCCGAUCGUCCUGGCGAUCGUACAGUUCCUUAGUCUCGUUGUGAUCUCUGCGCUUAUCGACUCUCAGCUACCGAUUCUGAGUUUCUCAUACAGAUUCAGAUAUGGAACCGUCUCGGAUAAAUAGCUCCGAUACCAAACAGGUAAUCAUGAAUAGCUCCGAUUCUGAGUUUCUUCUUCAUUAUCCUCAACAAAUCUCAAUCGCCAUCUCGAUCUUCCUUAUUAGAUUUCUACUGCUUGCAAUUCAU